UCCAAGGAUGGAUGCAAUACCCUGUUGUCUUGUGUUUCUAGUCCUGUUCUUUGGAACUAGGAUCCACGAUUCCCAAGCCUUACAAUGCUACUGUCAACGCUGCCCAAACUCCACAUGUUCCACAGACGGCUUGUGCUACGCAUCCGUCACCAAGUCGGCGAGUACGACCACGCAGCAGAGCUUGUGCAUCAGCGAAACGGAGCUGAUCCCGCGUGACCGCCCCUUUGUCUGUGCGCCCUCCACCAAGGACGACACGGGCAUCUACCCCAUGUGCUGCAACACCGACUGGUGCAACAAGAACCCAGACCCAAAUAUAUUCCCAGUGCCAACAACAAAGACCCCCUCCCUGGGGCCCGUGGCCCUGGCGGCCGUCAUCGCGGGGCCUGUGUGCGUGCUCUGCUUUGUGCUGGUCACCGUCUUCUACAUCUGCCACAGCCGCUCGGUUAUCCACCACCGUGUGCCUAAUGAGGAGGAUCCCUCCAUGGACCACCCCUUCAUCACCGUGGGAACCACACUCAAAGACCUCAUCUAUGACAUGACCACCUCUGGAUCAGGCUCUGGUCUUCCCUUGCUGGUGCAAAGGACCAUAGCCAGGACCAUCAUCCUGCAGGAAAGCAUAGGGAAAGGGCGCUUUGGCGAGGUGUGGCGGGGCAAGUGGAGAGGAGAGGAGGUUGCCGUUAAGAUUUUCUCCUCGCGGGAGGAGCGCUCCUGGUUCCGCGAGGCUGAGAUCUACCAGACUGUAAUGCUCCGGCAUGAGAACAUUCUUGGCUUCAUUGCUGCCGACAACAAAGAUAAUGGAACAUGGACUCAGCUGUGGUUAGUGUCUGACUACCAUGAGCACGGCUCUCUGUUCGAUUACCUGAACAGGUACACGGUCACAGUGGAGGGCAUGAUCAAGCUGUCUCUUUCCACUGCCAGUGGCCUGGCUCACCUGCACAUGGAGAUCGUAGGAACACAAGGCAAGCCAGCUAUUGCUCACAGGGACUUGAAAUCCAAGAACAUUUUGGUGAAGAAGAAUGGGACUUGCUGCAUCGCAGACCUCGGCUUGGCCGUCCGCCAUGACUCGGCAACUGACACUAUAGAUAUUGCCCCCAAUCAUCGAGUGGGCACCAAAAGGUAUAUGGCUCCAGAGGUACUUGAUGAUUCAAUAAAUAUGAAGCAUUUUGAGUCAUUCAAGAGGGCAGAUAUCUAUGCCAUGGGCUUGGUUUUCUGGGAAAUUGCAAGCAGAUGCUCUAUUGGAGGAAUUCAUGAAGACUACCAGCUGCCCUACUAUGAUCUGGUUCAGUCGGACCCUUCAGUGGAGGAGAUGAGGAAGGUGGUGUGUGAGCAGAAGCUUCGACCUAACAUUCCCAACAGAUGGCAAAGCUGUGAGGCGCUGCGUGUGAUGGCUAAGAUCAUGAGAGAGUGCUGGUAUGCCAAUGGGGCGGCACGCCUCACAGCGCUGCGCAUAAAGAAGACCCUGUCCCAGCUCAGUCAACAGGAGGGCAUUAAAAUGUAGGCCUGUGACCUAAUGAAGAGGCGCACACCUUAGCAUUUUAUCAUUUUUGAUUACACAUUUAUUGUAAUGGUCAUCGUCAUUAUUAGCCAUGGUUGUUGCAUUACAGUUCCUCGUCCUCUGAGUUCGAGAGAGACAGGAUAUAAGCACUAUGGAUGAAAGUUUGUUUGGAAAAUGGCUGGUAUGGU